GCGGGCGCGAUCCAAGCCUCCGCUUGCCCUUUCCGAAUUGAGUUUUGCCUUCAACUUGUUCAUAUCAAAAUGUCAUUUUUUGUGGCAAUUUUUUCGAUCUACAACCCUUGACUUAGGUUGUAACGCAUAUCUGUUCUUCCUAUCCCAAAGCAGUCAAUAAGAAUCAACGGAAACGCCUAGCAGCGUAACGUUCCAAGUAUGGAUCGUCCAGCGCAGGACAUUCCAGGAUACUACUACGAUAGAGAAAAGAGAAAGUAUUUCAAAGUCCAGGGAAGUACGGCUCCAGCAGACACAGCAUAUUCCGCUGAGGAUGUCAAGAGACGCAAGACGCGUGACCGCCGGAGAGAGAUUCAAGCCAAGAAUGAAAAGAGACAGAUGGGGCGCAUCCAACGAUUCGCAAACCUAGAAGACACACUCUCUGGUUUCGUAAUGAAACGAGAGUAUGGUUACGGUCCCGGCCUAGAUUGUCCACGCAGCAUAUUGGCUGCUGGUUUGGUCGCCCAAGGUUUCUAUACGCCAUUCCCUUUAGAUAUUGAGCCGUACUUCGCCGUUAGCCCCCACCUAGACCGAGAGAAGGAUCUUGUAUUUACGGUACAUUCAGCUCACGACGAUUGGGUUAUAAGUAGCCUUGCAUCAUUCAGUCCGAAGAAUAAUGUCUUCAACAAGUAUGCUGGUAAUAGGACGGCGAAUUGGAAUUUCAAAUUCGGAUCCCCGGGUGCCACAACAUCCCUCAGUAGCCAUGAUACUACUGGCUUUCAUGCGAGCACAUGGCUUUCGGGAUCAUCAGAGGUCGGCAUCGGACUAUGGCGAGGAUUAUCGGAUCAUCCAACAAUCUCACUUGGAACUGGCAAUGUAAGAGGCAAUGCAGAAGUGUACACUUCGACAGCUGCUCCUCCGGAAUCUUCCCUCUUAUUCGCAUUCGGUACCAAUAAAGGCAUUCUCAUGCUUGAUAAAGAGAGACAGGAUCUCCACUGGCUAAAGGACAAGAACAGCCACGUUGCCCAUACUUCUGAAAUGCAACUUUACUCCGCCGUUUGUUUCCUAACUGCGGCAGGAUCCGGUCAAAAUCCAAAUACUCUCCUCGGUGGUGGCCACUGCGGCCAAGCCUACAGAAUCGACCUUCGGGAUCCAAAAUUCAACAGCGAAGCCACCGUCAUCACCCACCCCAACGCCAUCAUACAUAUUCGACAAGUCGACGAACACCGCAUAAUCAUUCCCGGGAUACCUAACCAGAUGCGCCAGUACGAUCUCCGCUACUUGAAGCUCGCCAACGAACGACCUCAUUCCUCGAAACGCACAACUCUUGUCACCGCACCAUACGUCGAAUAUCCCGACUACAAGCUCCUAGCCGGCAUUUCAGGCUUCGACGUCGACACCGAAAGCGGUCUCGUUGCCGCAGCUCAAUGGGGAAAUUACGAUACGCCCUACGUUCAACUAUUCUCAUUGAAGAGCGGAAACAAAAUCCCUUUCCCAGCGUUCAAGAACAAGAGUAGCAAGAAAAAGAGGAAAGGAGAAAGGAUGUAUCCUGGUACUGCGCCAAAAUGUAUCAGAUUCGUCAAGGAUAGGGAGGGAUCGAUGAAGAGUCUGUAUGUGAGCCGCGACUCGGGUACUAUCUUGCGCUUUGCAUGGGAAGCAGAGAAAGAUGAUGACGAGGAAUGAAGACCUAGAGCAUUCUACGGAGUUUAUUCUAGCGCUUGCUUCAUUUCUGGCUUGUACUGCGUUUGACUAGCAUUGAUCAUGAGGCGUUUAUUGGCAUGACUGGCGUUACGAGCGAGAGAUACCCGGCUUUGAGUAGUUUCUUUCUAUUUGGCGGAUUGGCGUUUCUACUGCUAGAUUACUGUAGAAUAUUCAAAAUUCUUCGAAAACACAGUCUCAGCUAGUGAGCAAUUCGAUACCACCCUUGGAGGUGCAGCUAGACUGACUAUUAACAAAUGAG